GAAAGAAAGAAAAGGUCUUUUUCAUCCAUCUCUGAUUCUCUGAAAAAAAAAAAAAAAACAUGAGAACGCAAGAAAAACAAGUAAAUUCCAAUUCCUAUGCGCGCCCCGACUCUUUGACUCAGUGUGCCUUCUCCUGCUUAAAAGAAGUUAGAAAAUCCCAUACACGUCUGGCAUACGUAUAUUAAGACCAAAUCUAACUCCCUCCCUUUAAUUGUUAAUGUUUUUGUUUUCAAAGACUCCAACUUUUUUCUCUCCUCCAAAAGAAGUAGAGACCACACCAAUCACCCACCCAACCCUCCUUCUUCCCCAUUCAUAAUCCAAUUCAAAAUCAAACCCAUCAAAACUCUCUGUCUAAUCACACGCAGACGCAUAGCUUUUCUUGUUUGAUUUCUUCUAUUUGUACCAUAAAGCAAAAGAGCACAUCACUAUCUGCAAAAACUCUCUCUCUCUCUGUGUAUGUGUGCGUGAAAUUCAGUACCUUUUUCGAUGUCACACUACACCAUCAUGGCUUCCUUCAAAGUCAAGCAAGAAUAACAGAAAACAAAGGCCCUUCAGAGCAGGACCAUCACUAACCCACAAAGCCUUUUCCUUCCCCCAACACGCGCAAACCCAAAAUGGCUCAGAUUCUCAGAGACAGAGUAUUUGGAAAUUCAAAGAGACACAGCCAACGCCAUAAUCCAAUCCAAACCACCAUGCCCGUAUACCCAGUAGAAGACCUCCCCAACCCAUUUGGUGAACUGGGUCCGAACCUCUCCGACAAGGAGCUUCGAGAAACCGUCUACGAGAUCUUAGUCGGAGCCUGCCGGAGCUCUGGAGCAAAACCCCUUACUUACAUCCCGCAGUCCGAAAAGACCGACAGGUCCGACCGGACUACUCUGUCUUCGUUGCCAUCAUCCCUUCAGAGGUCGACGUCAUCGGCGGCCAGCCGGGUCAAGAAGGCUCUGGGUUUGAAGCAAACGGCGUCGUCUAGGAGGAGACUCGGUGAUGGUGAUUCAGCGAGUCAGGGGAAGAUUAAGCGGUCUGGGACGGUUUGGGAGCUUAUGAGGGUUCAGAUGAGGGUUUCGGAGCAGACUGAUACCAGGGUCAGGAGAGCCCUUUUAAGGGUUGCUGCUGGUCAGCUUGGAAAGCGUAUAGAGUGCAUGGUUUUGCCUCUCGAGCUACUACAGCAGUUCAAGUCUUCAGAUUUUCCCAGUCAUCAAGAAUAUGAAGCCUGGCAGAGGAGAAAUUUGAAGGUUCUUGAAGCAGGGAUUCUUUUAUAUCCUUCUUUGCCUUUAGAUAAGAAAGACACUGCUCCUCAACAGCUCCAGAAGAUUAUUCGUGGGGCCUUAGAGAAACCCAUAGAAACUGGAAAGCACAACGAGUCAAUGCAAGUUCUCCGCAGUGUUGUUAUGUCUCUUGCUUGCAGAUCAUUUGAUGGUUCUGUUUCUGACACAUGCCACUGGGCGGAUGGAUUUCCAUUGAACCUUAGGCUCUACCAAAUGCUCCUAGAAUCAUGUUUUGACCCGAAUGAAGAAACAUCUGUUAUUGAAGAGCUUGAUGAGGUUUUAGACCUCAUAAAGAAGACCUGGCCAGUCCUCGGAAUAAACCAAAUUCUGCAUAAUCUUUGUUUCUCGUGGGUUUUAUUUCAUCGUUACGUUACAACUGGCCAAGUGGAUAAUGACCUGCUGUUUGCAUCCAGUAACCUGUUAGAGGAAGUUGAACAAGAUGCCAAUGGCACAAAAGAUCCAUCGUAUUUGAAGAUCUUAAGUUCAACAUUGAGUUCAAUUUUGGGUUGGGCUGAGAAAAGGCUUCUUGCCUACCGUGAUAUUUUCCACAGUGGCAAUAUUGAAUCAAUGCAAAACAUUCUCUCUCUGGGGUUAUUGUCAGCAAAAAUAUUGAUAGAAGAUAUUUCUCAUGAGUACCGUAGGAAGAGGAAAGGAGUUAAUGCGGCUCAUGACAGGGUUGAUGCUUACAUAAGAUCAUCAAUGCGCUCUGCUUUUGCACAGAAACUGGAAAAGGUAGGUUCCAGCAAGCAUUUGUCGAAGAGCCAAAACAAUCUUAUUCCUGGCCUUUCUGCCCUUGCACAAGAUGUUAGCGAACUGGCUUUUAGUGAGAAGGGGAUAUUUGGUCCAGUAUUGAAGAGAUGGCACCCUUUUGCAACAGGCGUUGCUGUGGCCACACUGCAUUCUUGUUAUGGAAAUGAGCUGAAACAAUUUGUGACGGGUAUCAGUGAGUUGACUCCAGAUACCAUACAAGUGCUGAGAGCUGCUGACAAAUUGGAGAAGGAUCUUGUGCAGAUUGCCGUUGAAGAUUCAGUGGAUAGUGAGGAUGGUGGGAAAUCCAUCAUAAGGGAGAUGCCUCCUUAUGAGGCUGAAGCCGUAAUUGCCAAUCUGGUAAAGGCUUGGAUAAGGACAAGAGUGGACAGGCUGAAGGAAUGGGUUGACAGAAAUCUGCAACAAGAGGUAUGGAAUCCAAGGGCAAACAAAGAGCGAUUUGCUCCUUCUGCCAUUGAAGUUUUACGCAUUAUAGAUGAAACAUUGGAAGCAUUCUUUAUGUUGCCAAUACCUAUACAUCCUGUCUUGGUUCCAGAACUGAUGACUGGCCUUGACAGAUGUCUUCAACACUAUAUCUCAAAGGCCAAGUCUGGCUGUGGGACCAGAAGUACUUUCAUUCCCACUUUACCUGCUUUGACCAGAUGUUCAGCUGGAUCAAAAUUUCAUGGUGUAUUCAAGAAGAAGGAAAGGUCACAUAUAAGUCAGAGAAGGAAAUCUCAGGUUGGAACUACAAAUGGGGACAGCUCCUUUGGAAUUCCGCAACUUUGUGUUCGCAUUAAUACUUUGCAGCUUAUUCGAAUGGAGUUGGGAGUUUUUGAGAAAAGGAUAAUGGCCCAUCUGGGGAACUCUGAAUCCACUCAAGGGGACAAUAUUGCAAAUGGAACAGGCAAAAUGUUUGAGCUUUCAUCAUCUGCUUCUGUAGAAGGGAUCCAACAACUUUGUGAAGCAACAGCAUACAGGGUCAUUUUCCAUGACCUAAGUCGUGUUCUUUGGGAUGGCUUGUAUGUUGUGGAUGUUUCGUCUUCUAGAAUUGAGCCAUUUCUUCAGGAACUUGAGCAAUAUUUGGAGAUUAUUUCAUCAACAGUGCACGACAGAGUUAGAACGCGUGUAAUAACUGAUGUGAUGAAAGCUUCUUUCGAUGGGUUCUUGUUGGUUUUGCUAGCUGGAGGCCCUUCUCGCACAUUCACACAAAAAGAUUCUGACAUAAUAGAGGAGGAUUUUAAGUUUCUGACCGAUUUAUUCUGGUCGAAUGGGGAUGGAUUGCCCGCUGAUUUGAUAGAUAAGUUAUCAACCACUAUUAAAGGCAUCCUUCCUCUGUACCGUAGUGAUACCGAUAGCCUUAUUGAACAGUUCAAACGUGUGACUCUGGAUGGCUCUCCUGCUAAAUCCCGGAUGCCAAUGCCUCCAACUUCAGGUCAGUGGAGCUCCAAUGAACCAAACACACUUCUGCGUGUCUUGUGUUGUCGAAAUGACGAGACCGCAGCAAAGUUUCUUAGGAAGACUUAUAACUUGCCUAAGAAGCUGUAACAACCUUUGGUUUGUGAAAGAUUCAUUUACUAAGGUUGGACGGCAUCAUCCAUCACAAAGCUCUGAUAUCAUGUUUUUGACUAAACAGCUGUUCAAUUUGGGGGUAGAACAUUGACAUGUAUAGUAUAUUUAUUGGUCCGCAUUCUUGUUGUUCAGAGCUUUCACCAGUCUCUGAGUAAGGAACUUCAAGGGAGCAGAGGAUUAAUAAGGCUUAAUAGUGCUCAGGAGUUGAGCAAUUAUUUAUUUAUUUAUUACUAUUCUUUCUUGGAUUUA